UAAAUGAUUGUAAGACUUCCUAUUGGAUGUCAAAAUAUAUAGACACGUUUCAUCAAGAGGGUGUUAUUUACGGAAACCAUAUACGUAAACUCUCCUAGUAAACAAGAGUAAAAUGGACAAUUCUCUUAGUACAAAGAUACAAACAGUCACCGGUUUGAUCGAACCGACUACCCUGGGAAUAACGCUGGCUCAUGAACAUCUCUAUAUGGAAUAUCCUAUGCUACUUGAAGAGACAGAAAACUCUCAUAUUCCAAUGACUUUGGAAAAUUACGGUUGGAUAUCUAGAAAUCCAUGGCAACACAUACCGAAUCUGAAGUUGUUUGAUGUUGAAGCAGUUAAAGCCGAUUUAAUGGACUUCAAGAAAUUUGGAGGUUCGGCAGUUGUUGAAUGUACAACGAAAGGUUUAAAACGUGAUAUACAGGCAGUGAAAAAAAUCAGUGAGGAAACCGGCGUAAAAGUAGUUGCAGGGGCUGGUUACUAUGUCGAUAGUGCUCAUCCGCCUGAAAUGAUUGGUAUGUCGGUCGAAGACAUCGCAGAGUCAAUUAAGGAGGAAGUACUUGUUGGUUACGAUGGUGUGAAAUGUGGACUAAUCGGGGAGAUAGGUUGUUCUUGGCCGUUGACUGACGCAGAGAGAAAAGUUCUGAAAGGAGCAGCCAUCGCCCAGGCGGAUUUAGGGUGUGGAGUAUCUAUUCAUCCAGGUAGAAAUCAUAGAGCGCCAAUGGAGAUUAUCAGAAUUUUGUCGGAAGCUGGAUGCAAUAUCGAUAAGGUGGUUAUUUCCCAUAUAGAUCGAACUGUACAAGAUUAUUGUACAUUAAUGGAUCUAUUGGAUACAACAUGCUAUCUGGAAUAUGACUUGUUUGGAGUUGAGGUCAUCAACUAUCCUCUCGAUGAAACUAUUGAUUUUCUUUCAGACUCGCAGAGGGUGGCUUACAUAAAGAGGCUAGUUGAUGAUGGAUUUGCAGAUAAGAUUGUUGUGGCUCAAGAUAUUCAUACCCUUCAUAGACUGAAAAAAUAUGGAGGUCACGGCUUUUGCCAUAUUCUUGAGAAUAUUGUGCCAAAAAUGCUUGUAAGAGAUAUCUCUCGGGACGCAAUCAAUCAAAUCCUAAUUUCGAAUCCGGCUAAUUGGUUGCUAUUUACUUAA